AUGACCAGCCUCCAUGGCGGCACCGCCCCACUGGCUGCGAUCACCACUGUCUUUGCACCGACCUGCUCGACCAGCUGGCUUGUCACUACCACGAAGCUGCCGUCCCAGUUUCCCGCUUUUCCCUCGGCUGGUCCCAAUUCGUGUGAUCCGCCUGCUUGGGCGAGCAACCUGGCCGGCGGGGGCUUUCCAUUUUAUUCGCCUGCCAUAUGCCCAAACGGCUUCCAAGUCGGUGCCGGCUGCUCCUUCACCGCCACCUCCCUCACCAGCCAGGGUUUCCCGGCUAUAGCUCCUGGCGAGACUGUUGCCUUUUGCGUCCCAAGUGGACAGAGCUGCACGUCCGACACCACUGACUUCCAUGGCGGCAUCUGGGGUGUGAGCACCACGGCCACGACCUCUGGUGCCACCUUCACGGUUGGCCCGGCCAUGCAGAUCCGCUGGCGGGACGUGGAUCUCGCCGUGCUGGCCACGCAUCCACUCACGCCCGGUUUGACGCUGGCCGGGGCGACAUCAGCUGCUACUGCGCCGGCCGCAUUAAAACCCACGCCAACGCCGGUACCAAUGACAGCCUCGACGACGACACGGAACAUCAAGACGCUCACGGCAAGCACCGACGACGGCGACGACGACGACGACAACAUUAGCAUCGGUCAUAAUGUAUCUGCGGCAUCUGCAUCUUCCAGCUCCACUUCAGCGACAGGAUCCGCGGUUUCAUCAGCAACGACAGGCAGUGCCGUCAGCGGUGCUGCGGCUUCUGCCACUUCGCAGACGACUGCCUCGACGGAAUCCACGGAGACAGCCGCCCGGAAAUCCCACAAGCGCAACGUCAUCGGAGCCGCCAUCAUGGCUGCACUGCUGGGGCUGACGGCCAUUGGAAUCGCCAUUUUCCUCGUCGUGGCCCACCGUCGCCGCUCACACCAGCUACUGUAUCCCAACGGCGACGUGCUGGAAGGAAGUACCGACUUAUCGGGCGAGCGCCAGAUGACGGCCGUUGGAGUGGGCGUUUGGGUGCGGCCACAACAGCCGUCGACGGACUUCCAGAGACAAGGGCGGUGGUGGCCGUCCGGGCUGAUGUCACGGAUAACCAGCCGGGACAGUCAUGGACGGCUCCCGCUCUUCUCCCGACGUGGUAGAAGCCGUAAGAGUCAUGCAGGCAGUCCCGUGGAGCGGCGAUAUCACGAGCUGGAUCCACCGUCAGGACUUCAGCCGGAGGAGCAAGAGGUGCAAGAUAUGUCAAAGACGGCCACAUCCCAUGCUUAUGCCGAUACUGAGCAGUCCACCGAGAUCAGGAUCCGUGUGGGCGUGCUGCCGCCCGUCUACGAUCGACGAAAUAGCAACGGCAGCAGCUUGAGCAGUCGAAGCAGCAGGAGCAGCGGAAGCAGCAGCUUUUCCGACGUCGACCUGCAGAAGUUGCGGAACAAGACAGCGGUAGGCUCACGGUUUGCCGGCGGAAGCAGUAGCCAACAGCAGCAGCAACAACAACAACAACAACAACAACAACAACAACAACAACAACAACAACAACAACAACAACAACAACAACAACAACAACAACAACAACAACAACAACAGCGGUGGAGCUGGAUGUCCCGCCUGUCACGAUACAUGCGGGGGGGCGUCGUAGGCGGUUCCAGCAGCGAUGAGAGCAUGCGGUCCCAGCUGCCGACCGAGGACGAUGCUGGCAGCAGCAACCGCACGUCAACGCGUCUGUCUCGCUGGACGACACGUACCGACGCGGAGGAGUCACAACGGGGUCUUUCUUUUGUCACAGAUGGGGAGUAUGCCGGCGGCGAGCCGGACGAGAGCAGCUGGGAGGCCUUUUCGAAGGCGCACGGCGGCGUGGCCAAGCAUCUGGUCACCAGCAAAGCCCGCAGGGUCGGGAAUGGGGGAGUCGGCGGUGCGCACGGCCUGACGACGCCACAUCGUGGACAGGCUGCCCUUCUUCGGCUGCCGUCGCCGGCGAGAACGCUGAGCAGCGGACGGUCAAGGCGAACUACGCGUGACCGUUCGGCAGACGGAGGCGGCAUGGAUGACCGCCACCACCGCUUCUCGCGGAUGAGCAACGGCACAUUUGGCGAUCUCGGCGAUUAA